GUCACUUUGGCUUCCCCCGUUCUAAUUUAGGAAGGUGGCUUGACAGGGAAGUGAUUCACAUAGUCCAAAAUGGCGGAGCGAUGUCGCGCCGAACUGGCCCAACUAAUGAGGGAAGAUGGCAAUAAUGUUUGCGCGGAUUGCGGAGAUGAAGAUCCAGACUGGGCAUCUAUUACGAUUGGAGUCUUUCUAUGCCAAAUUUGUGCUGGAGUUCAUCGCAGUUUGGCUUCACGCAGUCGAGUCAAGUCAGUGCGCCUUGAUAACUGGGACAGAGACCAGGUCCAGGUAAUGGAAGUGAUAGGAAACAAAAAGGCAAACGAGAAGUUUGAAAUGUAUGUUCCUCCUUUCUACAGAAGGCCUAAAAAGAAUGAUGUUGAGGUCUUGAAGAAAGAAUGGAUACUUGCCAAGUACCUGCGAGAGGAAUUCACGGAUCCAGAUCGACAGAGUGCAUACAAUUGUUCAUAUAAAGAGGGCAUAUUAUGGAAACUAGGGCGAGAUCGUAGACAGUUUCAGCAGCGCAAGUUUGUGCUCCGUGCAGAGAACAAGUUUUUGUACUACAUAAAUGAUGACUCAAAACAGCCACAGCAGCCCAAGGCUGAAGCAGACCUCGAUCACAUGAACGCUGUGUUUGUUCCUGAAAAGAUUGGCAACCCUUAUGGCCUACAGAUGACUUUCUUCAAAAAUGGAUCCACUAGAAGCCUGUUUGUUUACUCAGAAAACUCUAAAGAUAUUGUUGACUGGUACAACUGCAUUCGAGCUGCAAAAUGGGAGAGGAGACGGAUAGCUUUUCCAGAUAGGAGUUUACAACAGUUGGCAGAGGACCUGACCAAGGACUUUUUGCAAGAAGGCUGGCUUAGCAAGAUGGGGCCAAAGAAUGAGCCUUUCAAGCGACGCUGGUUUACUCUUGAUCGCAGGAAGCUUAUGUACUUUGAGGAGCCAUUGAAUGCUUUUCCCAAAGGUGAAGUAUUUAUUGGUCAUCGUGAUGGGGGUUACUCAUUGAGUCUGGGAAUGCCUGAAGGAGAUCGAAGUUCCAAUAGUCACAACAACUAUUGCUUCACGCUGCAUACACCAGAAAGGAACUUUUUGCUGCGUGCUGAAACCCAGGAUGAAAUGGACAAGUGGACUGCUUCAAUUAACCAUGUUAUUGAUCUUCCCCUGACACCUCAGACAGCAAAAGUUGCGUCAAUGUUGGUACCCAAAAAAUCUUCAAAUUCUUUCCGGCUCAUCAAAAGAUAA